AUGGCUUUGAGCCCAAUGCUCUCGACCCUGAUAGCAUCUUGGCCUUUGAAACAGAUUAUGGCAAAGAUUAGUGCUGAGAUUAAGAGGGCAACAGAAUCUGCUGAAGCACUGCUGUGGUUGCUUACUGCAGCAUGUAUCAAGACAGGGAGGCCUCAGACUGCUAAGAGAGCAAUUGAAGAGGUGGAGCAACGGCUCUCAAAAGACGGGUGGCCAGAAUACUAUAACGGCAAGGCAGGGAGAUAUGUCAGGAAGCAAGCGAGGAAGUACCAGACCUGGAGCAUCUCAGGAUAUCUGGUAGCUAAACUGAUGAUCGAGAACCCAGCCAAUCUUUCACUAAUCCCUCUUGAAGAGGACAAGAAGAUAGCCAAGCCAAGGCUCACCCGCUCCGCUUCCUUUUGA